AUGGAGUCAACCAAGGUCCCCAAGAGACCCACGCUACGAUGGGACCGAUACAAGCGACAGGUGCUCUGCUGUUUGUAUCGCUUCUUUCUUUGUAGCAAAAAGCAAACUGAAGAGAUAUUCUCCUACAUGUUUCGGAGUCAUCUAAACGAGCGCGGCAUUCAAGGCUUCGUUCCAUUUGCCACACUUAACACCCAGUGGGUUUGGAUGAAGAGCAAACGGGACCCAAUUUGGUCCCAUGUACAUACAAGCACCGCGUUUGACACUGAUGGCGAGUGGAAAGAGAUCAUUACAAAUAUCAAAUCCGCAGCCAAAACUUUGCGGUUCGAACUUCAUGAGAAGACAGAGGACAACAUCAACAUAUCGCGCUGGAGUCCUGGGGGGUCCGAUGACGAACGGAGUAUUGCAUCCAAUGAGCCCGCACCAAUGCUUCCGCAUUUCCUCUCUACUCCAAAGACUCUCAGCGCCAUGGUUUUGGUACCCCCAGGGCGGCAUCAUGGCUUCGGUGGAAGUUCCAAAGCCACCCAAAGCAUCGAUCGAAGCAUCGGCCACAACAUCAACCAGAACAUCAACCGGAUUAUCGAGCGGAAUGACUUCCAGAAUGACCUCCACAAUGAACUCCAUAGAUCCAACGAGCCGGUCGUCACUAGCCAUGGAAAGUUCUGCUUCUGGUGCAAACAUGAAGGAGUCAUCUACGACUCCGAGGAAAUCCAGGAAUUGCAAGCCAAAGACUACGACGAUAGUGGUUAUGAGGAUCAUAGUCAUGGUAACCAACAUAAUGACCCACAAGACGAUCCUGGUAUGAGAGAGGACGCCCAAGGAUUCAAGCAGUUUAUGAGGGGGCUACACGAUGAAGUCUCUUAUUCGGAUGAAGAAUUGUUCGAUUCAGAGAGCGAGGCAGACCUGAUGACACCACAUGAAAGCCUCUCAAAAGUGCGCCCAUUUUGCGACCCACCCUUGUCCUCGCCUUCAGACCUAGAACAAGAGCCUCUGGAUUCUGAGGAUAAUUCAGAUUGGUGCGCUGACAGAGAAAGCCCCGCUGAUUUGGCUGGUUUUGGGCCCCCUUCGAUCUCAAUAGAAGACCGGAGUGGUGCCCUUGUCGAUCGAGUUUCCGCACAAGAGGCUCUGUUUAGAUUCAGGUUCCCCCGGACCCGCGCGGCUCACAAUGAGGCACUCGACGACGGCUCCGGUGGUCAGAGGGAGUUGCAGUCUGAAUGGCUCUCGGAUGAUGAAAUGAUGGUGGAAACUCUACGCCAGAUGUCCGUGGAAGCUCUCCGCCAGGUUGAAAACCAGUCAACUCGUCGCUUUGCUAACCAGGAGGAGAUGGAUGUCUUGAUGUAUGACGGCAAUACCUGGAACCAGGUGUAA